UACAAUAGAAAGUUUGGUAUAAUACGGUGGAGGGAGGAAAGUCAUCCCAUACCCAGGUCGGGCUCAUUUCUUGGACGUCCCUAUCAAACCAUCCCUUUCUUCCUCUGUUUCUAGUUCUCUACUUUCUUCUUAUUCCUCUCCUUUAUGAAGUGAAUUUGAACCCUAUCAAAAUUCAAUCAAUCUGUCCUCGUUUACUCGCUAAACUUAUCUCAAUGGAUUCUCAAGUUUUGGUAGCGCUCGCUCUUUCUCUUGUGGGUGGAUUGAGCACUUCUAUAGGUGCACUUUUUGUAAUUCUUAAUCAGGCUCCCAAUCUAAAGAUGCUUGGGCUUUUACAGGGCUUUGCUGCAGGCCUAAUGUUGAGCAUAUCAUUUCUAGAUCUGGCUCAUAAUGCUAUGAACUCAAUUGGCUUCUUAAAAGCCAACCUUUGGUUUUUUGGAGGUGUUGUAUUCUUCGCUAUUGUUGCAAGGUUUAUCCCAGAACCAACAGUAAUCCCUGGUUCAGAUACUAAAAGUAAAAAGACAAAUGGGGAUGAUGGAGGAAAGGACAUCAUGAAAAAGCAUCGUCGCCAGGUUUUAUUUAGUGGCAUUAUUACAGCUAUUGGCAUAAGCUUGCACAAUUUUCCAGAGGGAAUGGCAGUGUUCCUUGGUUCAAUGAAGGGCCUGCGAGUUGGUCUUAAUUUGGCCUUGGCUAUUGCUUUGCACAACAUUCCAGAGGGUGUUGCUGUUGCAUUGCCUGUCUAUUUUGCAACACAAAGCAAGUGGCAGGCAUUCAAAUUGGCAACACUUUCUGGUUUUGCAGAACCACUCGGUGUUGUUCUUGUAGCAUAUCUAUUUCCGAGCAGCUUAAAUCCUGAAAUUCUUGAGGGUCUGCUAGGAUCAGUUGGUGGGGUAAUGGCUUUCCUAACUUUGCAUGAAAUGCUGCCAUUGGCUUUCGAUUAUGCGGGGCAGAAGCAAGCCGUUAAGGCUGUAUUCCUUGGUAUGGCUUUCAUGUCAGCAAGUCUAUAUUUUCUUGAAAUCAGCUUACCUGAGGAGUUGAGUUUGUAACCAUCAACCACAAUGAUGUGCAUUCUAAAACCACAGUACUCAGAUCGGACACAGCACGAUUUGAUCUCAUCGGAGGGCCAAGAAGACACUGAUGUCCUAGAAGGCUAGAACAAAUGCUGCUUUAUUGUUAGUCAAUACCUUACCGUUUUAUUUGCCUUUCUAAUUUCCUCCAAGUAAUAGGAAAAUGUAAGGGGGUUGGCAAAGAAAAGGGGGGAAAAACUAUGAAUCUCAUCAUUUCACUGAACUUAUUAUUUACUUUUAAGAGCUGCUGAUCAAUGAGCUUCUGAUUUA